AUGACAUUAAACCGGGAUGCUGAUCAGAUAGCAUACGAAGUAUGUUCAAAUCUCGGAUCGUUCCACAAGUUCAACGAGAGAUUUUCGCCAGUUUUAGACGCUUUUGAGGAUGAAUUCCAUGUAUUGUCAUGUAAUAUGUUCGAUUAUUUCGAUACAUCGAAGCAGCCCGAAGAAGAGUUCAACCGAAAAAUGAAUUGGUGUUACCAACUGAAAAAUAUAAUUUCGAAGCAUAAUCCCACGUGGCUCUUCAAUAUUGUGCCAACUGGAAGUACAGUUACAGGUUUGGCCACCAAGAACAGUGAUCUCGACGUGGCAAUUCAUAUUCCACAGGCCGCGAGGCUCUUGGAUGAACUUUAUCCGCAAAUUGCACUGAGUGAAGAAGAGAGAUUCUGCAAAUGGAGAGGAAUGCAACUGGAAAUCCUUCAAAUCGUGCGAUUAAUUCUCGAAAAAGACGAACAAAUCAAGCCACUUGUCAACUGGGAGAAGGGAAUUCACCUCGUUCAAGCCCAAAUUCAAAUUUUACAAAUAGAAACGGCUGAUGGCAUCGAAUGUGAUAUUAGUGUGGUUAUGGAACCAUUUCUGUCCUCUAUGCAUAAUUCUUUCAUGAUUCGGCAUUAUGUACAUAUUGAUCACCGCUUCGCCACACUAUGUGCAGUUGUUAAGAAAUGGGCGGCGAGUACCGGAGUCAAAAAUCCGAAAGAUGGAGGAUUCAAUAGCUACGCCCUCGUAAUUCUCGUAAUCCAUUUCCUUCAGUGUGGCGCCUACCCACCGAUACUUCCAAAUCUAUCAAAACUGUAUAAAGACGAUAAUUUCAUCGCAACAAACGAUAAAAAGUACCCCGAAUUGCUGGAUUUCGGCGCCUCAGUUCCCAGAGAUCUUCCCAAGAUUCAAUUAAAUCAAGCAUCGACAGCUCAGCUAUUCCUCGAAUUUGUUCAUUAUUAUUUCGAAUUCGAUUUUCAAGAAACGUAUAUUUCGAUGAGAGAUUCAAUAGUCAAGAGUCGAACUAGAUGCCCGAAUGAAACCGUCAAAAACGAAAAACAGAAAGACGUUUACAUUGAAGACCCAUUCGAUUCUCAUAAUCCCGGAAGAACAGUCCGAUCUCUGACUAAUAUCAAAAGAAUUCUGAGAGAAACUCUCAACAUGUUUAUCCCGCCAAUGGAACCAACCGGAAACCUCCAAAACCAGAAACGAAAUUUUCUGUUUCCCCGGCUGGACGAUAUUAUCAAUAUGCCAUCAUCUAGUCUUUUCUCGCCUCCUCCACCGCCUCCAGAAGAGGAAGAACCCAGUGAUGUUCCCAGUACUUCAGGAAUCCCGCCCGUUUCAUUCCGUCGAUAA